GGAAAUGUAUAAAUUAUAAAUAGAAAAGAUAGUUAAAUCUUGGAAAAGCUAUCAAAUAAGCCCUGUACUAUAUCAAAAUUCAAAAAAAAAAACGAUUAAGCUCUCGUACUUUACAAAACACCCCAUUGAAUCGUCGAACUAUAAAAAAAUGUUCAAUGAAGCUUUAACUAGGUAAGUCACUCAUUUUUUGGUUAAAUGUACAUGUGGCGUUCACGUGGCAAUUUCCCCCCUUUCCUUUUCCUUUUUUCUUUCUUCCCUUUACCUUUCUUCUCCGUUUCUUCCCACGAUUGCAAAUAGUGAAAUACUGUGUAUUUCUUUCUUCCUUUCUAGCUUUCUUCCUUUUUGUUCAAUGUAUUCUUCUCCCUGUUUCUCUAGUUGCUGGUUUAAUGUUCUCUCGCAAGUUCAUCUGCCGCCUUCCAGCAAGGCACCUGAAAGGCUGCAACGGAGAAACAGAGUUGCUAAGACAUCUUCUCACCACUUCAGAGAAAGGAGAUGACGUCAAUAAAUAAAAAUCUGUCGGUGAGAGAGAGGACAGCAGUGAUGCGCUCGAACGCCGGAGAAGCUUGUAAGUGUAAAUGAUGGCGAGGAACGGCGAUCACGACGACGAUGUGCUUGAACUCCAGCAACGGCGGCGACUGUCAUCGAUGAUGAUGGACAGAGUCUCUGACACUGGUGGCAAGCCUAGUAAGUCCCGUUGCGAACGGAUCUGCGAAAGAAAAAACGAUGUAUGCAGUUGGAAGAAGAGAGAGAAAAAUGAAAAAACGAACGAGAAAAAGAAAAGGGAAAAGAAAAAGGGAAAAGGAAAAAGGAAAAAGAAAAAAGAAAAAGAAAAAGAAAAAAUUGCGAGUCCCUAUAUCUUCCAUCGAGGUGUAUGUACAUUCAGCCCAACUAAGGAAGACAACUCAUUAACUAAUAUAGACUAAUUUUUUUGUGACAUUUUUGUAAUUUAAGCUAAAAAUCACGGCUUCUCCUAAAUGAGCAAUAUUGUACCCGAAGUCAUAGUGGUGGACCCAGAAAGUCGGAGUCACGGGGUCCCUACCAUUUUAUAUCUCUAAUCUCUAAUAAAUAUAAAACUAAUUGUUGGGUUAAUGACCCGAUAUGCGCCGGGCCAUCAACCCCCAAGGAACUCCUACGAACGUCAUUUCGCAAGCCCAAGAAGAAGGCCAAGCUGCAGGCCAAAGGGCCAGGAGAUGUACGUACUCUGCCAUUAGCAGGUGUCUAGUCCAAAGGGCCAGGAGACGUACGUACUCUGCCAUUAACAGGUGUCUGGGCCCAAGGGCCGGGGGACGUACGUACCCUACUACCAGCAGAUAUCAAGGCCUAAGGGCCAGGAGGCGUACAUAUCCUGCUGCUAGCCGCCACCAGUGUAUCCAGGCCCAACACUACCACAAGGUAUAUAGGGACGGACGUCUCCACCACGUGACAGGAUACUUAAGGACAACUUAGGAGUAGAUCAACGAAG